AUGCCACCACAAUUAACCAGAGUCAAUGUGAGUUCUCUCCCAGCAGACCAACGCAUCUGUGCAAUCUGUCAAGACAAUUUCGGUGGUGGAGACAACGGAGAACCUGUUAAAACUGCGUGCAAUCACGUUUUUGAUCGAGAAUGUGUUCAACGUUGGCUUGACGCCGACCAUACUACCUGCCCCAUUUGUCGCGAGGAAAUUCGCAACAUUUCUGGUGGCGUAAGAGAAGCGGCAAGAGAUCGGAUUAGACAGAUGAAUAACGCCGCGAGACGUGUUAGAGAUAGAGCUGCCGAGGAAAGAGAACAGAUGAUGCAAGCUCAGGCGGAUUAUGGAGGUGGGAAUGAAAUUGAUCAUCUUGAGGGGAUUGUUGGAGAGGAGCUCGAACCCAUGCCACUUGAUGUGCCGGGAAAUUUCAGUACUCCUGCGCCUCCCCGCCAUCGUUCUCCAGUCGGAAGACCAGCGUCGAGAAGACAGUCUUCUCCUCCAAGAAGAUUCCCCUCACCACCUCCCCAUAGAUAUCAUUCCCCCCCAAUAGAUCAUCUCCGCUCAACCCCUCCCCGAAUUUCCAGUUCCUCGUCAAGCACCUCUGCAGCAAUGCAACAUGCCGAAGCAACUUACACUAACGCGCUCUCCGCCCUUCGAUCUCUCGACACCAGAAUAAUUAACCAAGCGCGUUUAUCCUACGAAGCCAACGUUGUCAAACACGACGCAGAACGUAACGUUCAACUCGCCUUCCAGGAACUUCAACACGCAGUCCGAUCGGACAAUCAGGAAUCAAUUGAUCUUGCACUUGCGAUGCAGGAAAGCGUCACGAUGCAGUUGGAUGAUGCGCAUAAUGCGAUGGCGCAGUAUAGUACGCCGUUGAGGGAAUGGAUGGAGGAGAGACCAAGGGCGAGUGAGAGGUUGGAUAGGGCGAGGUUGGAGUUUGCGAGGGAGAGGGAGGGAUUUAUGAGUGGGGUGGGGGGUGCGAGGAGGGAAAUAGAAGAGAGAGGGCAUCAGCAGGAUUUCGAGGAUGAGGAUGAGGAGGCUUGGGAGCCUUAUGAUCCAAGGAAUUUUGAGUAA